UCGCGUCGGCCGGUUUUACUUGGCGCACUAGUGUUUGUAUGGCGCAUUGUGAAAUAAUUGUUAAAAGUUUACCAGGAGUAAAUGUUGUGUUGAGUAUUGUUUAAAAUUAUUGUUGUUUAAAGUCUCGAUUGAUAUCAGUACGAUGGAAAUUGAAUUACCGUAUAUGGCAGAAUAUGCCAAGUCAGGCCGUGCCUCAUGCAAAGGAUGCAAAAAUGCAAUUGCCAAAGACACUCUUCGACUUGCUGUGAUGGUUCAGUCUCCCGUGUAUGAUGGCAAGGUACCCAAUUGGUUCCAUGUCAAUUGUUUCUUUAAGAAGCAACGUCCAAGUUCUGCUGGCGACAUUAAAAACUUUGAAAACUUACGCUUUGAUGAUCAAAAUGAAAUUACAAAACUAAUUGAUACUGUCGGCGUUGUUGUCGAAGCCAAAUCUGGCAAGAAACGUUCCAAGGCCGAAAGUGGGGCACUUAAAGAUUUUGGCAUUGAAUAUGCCAAGUCCGGUCGGGCUGCCUGUCGUGGCUGUGAGCAGAAAAUAACCAAGGAUCAAGUUCGUAUACGAAAAACUGUAUAUGAUACAGAAGUUGGUAUGAAAUAUGGAGGUCAAGCCUUGUGGCAUCACAUGGAAUGCUUUGCUCAAAUGCGAUCGGAACUUGGUUGGUUCGAUACUGGCGAAAAUCUUCCUGGCUAUAAAAGUUUAAAGGCUGAAGAUAAAAAAGAGGUGCAAAAUGCUUUGCCGGCAAUUAAAUCUGAGGAUGCACCAGAGGCUAAAAAACCAAAAAUAGAACCAGAGGUUAAAGCCGAGGAAGCAGAGAAAAUGAAAAAACUGAAAAAACAAAACGAAAUAUUUUUCAAAUACCGCGAUCAAUUAAAGGCUGAAAUGAAAAAGCCAGAUAUUGAAAAUUUAUUGAGCACUAAUGGUCUUCAGCCCAUAGUAGGCGAUUCGGAGAGGCUAUAUGAUCAAGCUGCAGAUUUGCUUGCUUUUGGAGCCCUUGAACCUUGCUCCGAGUGCCAUGGUAGUCAGUUCAUGUUUAACAAGUCUGGCUAUCUGUGCAACGGAAAUCUAUCAGAGUGGACCAAAUGCGCCAAUUUGGUGACAUCGCCAAAGAAAACUUCUUGUAAAGUGCCAAAAACUCUUAAGGCACAAUAUCCUUUCCUUGAUGAAUACAAGGGCAAGUCAUCGGCCCGAAUAAUUCACUAUAUUCCACCAAGUGCUGCGACCAUAGCCAAAGAUGUCGCCAUUAAGAAGAAUCCUGAUGAAUUGGAUGGUCCUAAAAUAAAACGAGAGCGUCCGGCUUUAUACAAUAUUAAGUUCGCACAUAUUGCCAUGAAAGACCAUGAGCAGGAUCUGAAGAAGCGUAUUGGCAAACUGGGUGGCAAACUCGAUACUAAAAUUACAGAGGAUACGAUCGCGAUAAUAUCGACACAAAAAGAGGUUGAGAAAAUGACUUCUCGUAUGCAAAAGGCUAAAGAACUUGGUAUUCAUGUUGUGCCAAUUGAAUAUUUAGAUUCUGUUGAAUCGGAUGGCGCAGGUGCCGUUAAUUAUAUCAGCAGUAUGACUCUUUGCGAUUGGGGUACUGAUCCAUCAGCUCGCAUACCACAAGAGGAAGCAAAGAGCUCAAAGUCAAAGAGUAUCUAUACUAAAUCAGUGCCUAAAUCAGUAACACUGAAAGUGAAGGAUGGACUGGCUGUUGAUCCAGAAAGUGGCCUCGAGGACAUCGCACAUGUGUAUGUCAAGGGAAAGGACAAAUAUAAUGUUGUUCUUGGUUUAACAGAUAUUCAGAGAAACAAGAAUUCCUACUAUAAAGUACAACUCCUGGAGGCCGACAAAAAGAACAAGUACUGGGUUUUCCGUGCUUGGGGACGUAUUGGUACGACUAUUGGGAAAAAUAAAGUGGAAGACUUUGGCAAUCUUUUGGAAGCCAUUGAAAAUUUUAAAAGUGUAUAUGCUGACAAAACUGGAAAUGAAUUUGAUGAUCGUCAUAAUUUUGUUAAAGUACCUGGUCGUAUGUAUCCUAUUGACAUUCAAUACGAUGAGGCCAAUGACUUGGCUGAUGCGGCCAAGAAUCAGAGUAUUCCAUCUAAGCUAGAUAUGUCAGUUCAAAAUCUAAUAAAGCUGAUUUUCGAUGUGGAUAACAUGAAACGCACGAUGAUGGAAUUCCAUAUUGACAUGGAGAAAAUGCCCUUAGGCAAGCUGAGUUUAAAACAAAUUGAAUCUGCCUAUAAAGUGGUCACCGAGAUAUAUGAUCUGAUUAACUCGAAUCCAACGAAUGCCAAACUAAUUGAUACAACAAAUCGAUUCUAUACAUUAAUCCCACACAAUUUCGGAGUUCAUGCACCUCCAUUAAUUGAUACAAUUGAGCAAGUUGAAAACCUAAGGCAAAUGCUUGACUCAUUGGCUGAAAUCGAGGUAGCCUACAAUUUGAUAAAGACCGAAGAUUCCGGUGAGGAUAUCAAUCCGUUGGACAAACAUUAUGAGCAGCUCAAGACCCAAUUGAAUCCACUAGAUAAGAGUAGCGAAGAAUUUGCAACACUUAAAAAGUAUGUGCAAAAUACACAUGCUUCUACUCAUAGUUCCUAUGAACUCGAAAUCGUGGAUGUCUUUAAGGUGGCCCGUCAAGGAGAGUCCCGCCGCUAUAAACCAUUCAAGAAAUUGCAUAACCGUAAAUUAUUGUGGCACGGCUCCCGUCUGACCAAUUUCGUUGGUAUACUCUCUCACGGUUUGAAAAUCGCUCCACCAGAAGCUCCACCAACUGGUUAUAUGUUUGGUAAAGGUAUUUAUUUUGCUGAUAUGGUAUCCAAAUCGGCCAAUUAUUGUUGCACCAGUCAACAAAACUCUACUGGCUUAAUGCUUUUAUCUGAAGUUGCAUUGGGAAAUAUGAUGGAAUGCAAUGCAGCGAAAUAUGUCACUAAAUUGCCCAAGGACAAGCACAGUUGCUAUGGCCAUGGUCGUACCAUGCCAGAUCCAAAGGAAUCUCAGAUGCGGGAUGAUGGCGUUGAAAUACCAUUGGGAAGACCAGUAACUGAUGAAAAAUUGAAAUCAUCUCUAUUGUACAAUGAGUAUAUAGUGUAUGAUAUUGCUCAGGUUAACGUUCAGUAUUUGCUACGUAUGGACUUUAAGUAUAAAUACUAAAAAUAGUCUCUUCGGGUUACAAAAUAAUCACAAAAUAUCACAUCAACAUUUUUUUUUAUAUAUAUAUACAUAUAUACACAUAUUCAACACGUGAAUUUAUACGAAACUUUUUUGUUAUCUUUGCAUAUAUCUAUUUUUCGAAAUUGUUUAAUGAAGUGUUAAUGUUUUGUUCAGAGAUAUGUCAAAUGUCAUCCCAUAUUAAAAAAGUUCUAUAAUUAAUAGAUCAUUUUUGUGCGAACUAAA